AUGUCGGAAUACGACUCUCCGACUUCUUCUUCAACAUGGGGUUCUGGGAGUGGCGUGGGACGGGAGCGGGGGGCUCGCCGCAAGAAGGUUUUCGAGUAUUUGAAAGCGGCUAAUGAGUUGCGUCAAUCGUAUACGGCGCAGUGGUCCGCUCAACGGAGUGGUAUGCGCGAUUACAGCGAGGACUAUUUCAACACGCCUGGCGCGUUUCCUGAUGUCGAAAUCGCGCGAGCUGGGGACGAGGAGAUGGUGAUAUUUCCUAGUUAUGCAAGACGCUUGGUUAAGCACAAGGCGACAGAUGCAUCUUUCAGACAGCGAAGAGGGUCGAAUUCUACGAUUGACGAGUAUCGUGGGAUUUCCGAUGAACGGGAACCGGGGUUGGCAGAGUGGGAGGAGUUUGAGGAUGAGAAUGCUGUUGUUGCCGUCGACGUUCGUGGCUGGGUCUAUGCACCCAACCGUGGGCCGAUGACUCGAAAGCACCGUCUAGCCAUUGCUCUUGCUCGAAAAUUGAGCGGUAUACCGGCUCCGACUAACCCUCCACCUGAUGCUGAGGGGUCUAAUCAAGAUGGAGAUCGCCUUCCUAAGUUGACAGAGAAAAGGGAACAGGACCUUGUUGAUACGGAAGCUCAAUCCAUCAUCAAAAAUGUUGAAAAGGGAAAUGAACUGGGUUGGAAAGGUGCUCAGCCAGACGAGCUGGAUGAGGAUCCUGCUGCCCCCGGGCGUCCGCAGCGAACACCCACGAUGUCGUCGUCUGUUGAGUCUGUACAACUGACAAAAGACGAGAUCUCUGUCGCAAACGCCCAUCUUAUGGAGCGAAUGCGUCCUUUCCUAACAACCCCAAUGACUGGUAUGGGGGUUACUGUCUUCUUCUUUAACGACAAUAAGAGCCAGUCAAGGAAUAUCUUAACCAAUGAGUCGGGGCAUUUUUCUCUAAGGGCGUCGCUGCCUUUCGUUCCGACUCACGUUCGCAUACUGGCAUCGGAAGAGCUUUCAGCGGUGAAAGACAUCCAAGUAAUUGAACCAACAGGCGUCAGCCUCAUAAGUGACAUUGAUGAUACAGUAAAACAUUCUGCCAUCACCAGUGGGGCCAAGGAGAUUUUUCGAAAUGUCUUUAUCCGCGAGCUGGGGGAGCUCAAAAUUGAUGGCGUUGCCGACUGGUAUCAUAGUCUUGUCGACUUGGGCGUCCAGGUCCACUAUGUAUCUAAUGCGCCAUGGCAGCUCUACCCUCUAUUGGAGCGCUACUUCAAGCUAGUUGAACUUCCUCCUGGCUCAUUCCACCUGAAGCAAUACAGCGGGAUGCUCCAGGGGAUUUUUGAGCCCACGGUAGAAAAGAAGAAGGGCACUCUGGAGCAAAUCUUCAGGGACUUUCCGGAGCGCAAGUUUAUCUUAGUUGGGGAUAGUGGCGAAGCUGACCUUGAGGCAUACACGGAUAUUGUGAUGGCAAACCCGGGCAGAGUUUUAGGGGUGUUUAUUCGUGAUAUCACUACGCCAGAGAGAAAGAAAUUCUUUGAAACGUCCAUGGACCACCUCGAAAAUACUUCAACUCGAAGCCGCAGCACCCCUGAACUUAUGGAUCAUUCUGAUACCAUGGCAAAUCGGCCUACGCUACCACCCCGUCCACCGCGCGUACCGUCAGAGCCAGGCCCAGAGACCAAAUCUCUGGAAAGCAUGGACCUGAUCGAUCUUUCGGAUGAAGCACCUCAGGAACCCCCCGCCCCUACUUCCGAGAAACUGGCUAUUACACGCACACCGCCAACCAUACCUUCGAAACCUUCUUCAUUACGCUCAGUUACCAACACCAAUGAUAUAGUAGACAAAACCUCCCCAGCUUCAACAACAAUGGAUGCCAUUAAGCGCAAGCCGGCGCCUCCUAUACCGAGGCGACUUCCGUCUGAGUCCAAUUGCUCGUCGCAGCCAAGGGAAUCCGCAGCACGGUAUUCCCCAUCAGGCGCCUUAACGGGAGCGGCUUCCGGAAGUGAUGAGAGAACAGGUGUAAAGAUCCUUGCAAGCCAAUUGCCUAGUCGUACUCGACCUGCAGAAUCUCUAGAAGCCAGCGAUUGUGGCACCCGAGUCUCUAAACAGCCACCACCCCCUCCCCCGCCUCGUCGAUCUAACACCGGGUCGUUAGUCAUGAGCUCCAACUCCUCAGGAUCGAACAUAAGGCCUUUAACUCCUCAACGGCAACAAUCCCUGUCUUUUGAGCCCACCACUACGUCACCAUCUUCAUUAUCGACGCGCCAAGAUUGGCCUCCUCCGCCGAGGAGCGCUCUCCGAUCAACUGCGUCAAAUCCCGAUGUUUACUCGCCAUCUCGCAGAGGGUCCAUGAAUUCGUCAGCGAAUCCUCCAGCCCCCUUACCAAACAAACGGGAGGAGUUGUGGCGAAGGCGCUGGGAGAGAGCCACUGCGAUUUUGGGAGAUCGCGGAGUGGUCUUGAGCAGUUGGCGCGUAGGAAAGGAUGCGCAAGAUGUUAGUCUAUGGUUGGUUAAGGAUGCGUUGAAGGAUAUGAAAGGAGACCAGCCAGCCAGUCCAACCUGCAGAUGA